CUUCCGUAAGUAUCAAAUUCACUUGAGCCAUCGAUGUACGACAUGACAUGCAUUCAUAUUAAAGUUCUAACCAAAACAUUAAGACUGGUCGAUUUCUUCAACAUUAUCGACAUAUCAUAUCUUUAGGAAAUCACUCGGAAACACAAGUUAAUCGUGCUCCUUGACCUCGCACGCAAUCCCUAUAUUAAAAAUGUCCUCAGACGAACAGCUCAACCCACUCGCCGAAUCUGGGAUAACAAUGCCCUCUGACUCGGAACAAUAUUCUCGCAAUGAUGAAAUUUCUCCUUCUCCAUCCUCAUCAAAUUCCCCACAGAUGAUUCUAUACUCUCCUCCUACCUUUUGGGGUUUGCUUAGAGGUGCUGCGAUCAAUCUUGUAUUACCCUUCGUCAAUGGUCUUAUGCUUGGAUUCGGGGAGCUAUUUGCUCAUGAGGCUGCAUUUAGGUUGGGAUGGAGUAACACAAAGGUAAAAAUCUACCAUUCUACUUUGGCUAUCGUGAUUCAAGGACUCAUAUGGAAUUGUAUUUGGUUGCAAAAAGAAAGGGCCUAUUCUCUUUUCUCACACUUUAGAGGCUUAUACUAAGUGCUUUAUCCAUCUAGGUUUUCCCACCCACUCGAAGAUCUGUAGGACCAGGAAUUGAAGUCAGGGAAAGUCCAUUAGAGCGCAAGAGGAGAGAAGGAAAUCUAGAUGACUUGACGAGCCUGGAAUGAAGGGAAGGGGAUAUGAAUGAGACUUAUAGGAGAUAACUGUGAUUGGGUUAUAGCCAACUCUUUUCUUGAAUGAAAAGCGAGAAAAUGAUAGGAGGCUUUUCAAAGACAGGCUCAUGCAGACAAACUCAAGCAAGUCUGGGGUUUUUGAGGCUAUUUGGCAACAGAUAGGAAGAAGGUUGUAAAUUUGGAGGGAACUUGCUGGCGGAAUUGGUUAAAACUGCGCACAAAUUUCUGUGUAGUUCGUAGGCUGAAUAGUGAAAUAUACCACACAACUAAUUAUGAAAUUAUUAGAAAGAUCACUUAUC